AUGCUCCUUUCCGUAAAGAUGCCUCUACAGCGAGAUGUAAUCGCUGCCGCAGUUGAGGGUCACGAUGUUUUUCUCCAGGCUUCAACUUCCUUCGGGAAGAGCUUAUGCUAUCAGUUACCUGCCAUGACCACCCACGGAGUGACUGUCGUUGUAUGCCCUCUUCUGUCUCUGAUGACGGACCAGGUAAACGCACUUCAAGCGCUGGGCGUGCCGGUAGCUACCAUCAACUCAACAGUCUCACUUGCAGAAAGGCGAGUUAUACUUGAGGAUCUUCUCUCUGGUCACCCGAGGAUUCGACUCCUCUAUGUUACCCCAGAGCUUUGCCAAAAUAAUACAUUCCGGCGAAAUCUACAAACUAUGCACAAGCAACGAGAGCUUGUGCGCAUCGCCAUCGAUGAGGCCCAUUGUAUCAGUGAAUGGGGCCAUGAUUUUCGUCCGGCAUACAAGGCACUCUCUUGGUUCAGGCAUUCCCUAACAAACCCACCCGUGCCAAUCAGCGCCUUGACAGCGACUGCCACCUCACAGGUCCGUACAGAUAUCAUCAACAUCCUGGGCCUGAACCCACGUCGGCUCAAAAUCUUCAGCACACCGUCAGCACGACCAAACAUUCAUUACGAAAUCCGGUUCAUGCAAGAGCUCGCCCCGGACCCCUCAGAACCCGAGGCAUUCCAGGUCCACGACCUCCUAUCGUGGCUUCACUCCAUUCAGGGCCGGCGUGAGGCCCGAUUAGGAACCGAUGCGGCUUCCAAAUUACCCCCAAUAUCGGGUAUAGUUUACGUUUCAACCCGGGUAGCAGCAGAGAGACUCGCGCACGUGUUAUGCCAGAGCGAUAAUCGCAUCCGCGCAGUAGCAUACCAUGCAGGCCUUGUCGCCGCCGAUAGAGUCAGGGUCCAGAACGAAUGGAUUGCGCCUCAAAAGCAGCCUCAACAACGAGGACCUGGUGCAAAGCCCGUAACCUUUUACAUAAUCGUCGCAACAACUGCAUUUGGCAUGGGCAUCGACAAUCCCGAGGUUCGCUUUGUCGUUCACUGGAGCCCGCCACGUACAUUCGAAGGUUUCGUCCAGGAAUCCGGCCGUGCAGGUCGCGAUGGCCGCGCCGCAGCAUCAAUAGUCUACUAUAGUCUCCAGGAGCGAGAACGCGUUCUUAACCAUCUCCGCCGGGACAUUGAAAAUGUCAACAACAGCACAGGUGGCCGGAAUGCGGGCCUUAACCAAGACAAAGUCUCGCUUUUGAGAAAUCUCUACGCUCGUAAGCAGAGCUUCGAGAAGGUAGUCCGAUAUUGUGAAACAACUACACGAUGUAGACACGAACUCAUCAAGGAGUUUUUUGGUGACCUUGAACUAGUGAAGAUGGGCUCUCAGGUUUCAAAGCUCCAGUCUGCUUGUCAUGAUGAUAAUGAUCAUGGUUCUGCAGGCGGAGCCACAUCAUCAUCACCCUCAUCACCUUGUGAUUAUGCCUGUGACUUCUGUAAAGAAGGACCUGGUGAGCUAACAGCGCGCAAAGCGAGAAUGGCAUCGGCAGAGGAGCUUGAGAACUUUACUGAGGCGAGCUGGCUUGACGCAAUGUUUCCGCUAGAUCAGAUGUUUCCUGAACUGGCCCGCCAAAAUACUCUAAAAGGAAUCUAG